AUGGAUUCCGGCGACAGCCUCCGCGGCGUGGCGUGCCAGCUCUGCUGGGAGGCCUUCAGCCUGCCGGAGGACGAUUUGGACGGCAACCUCCCUCGUAUGCUGUUGUGUGCCCACGUCUACUGCACCACCUGUCUGCUCUCCAUUCACUGUGCCGGAGUCAUCAGGUGUCCACAGUGUGAGGUCGUGUCCACGCUUCCUGAAGGAGGCGUGUUCGGCCUGCAGGAGGACAGCAGAAUCAUCGGCCUCAUCUACACUUCUAAAAUGAACAAGAUGAAAAGAUGUGACCGAGCGAGGACUGCCAACAAACACCAACUGUCACCAUCCACAGACAUUAACGACAAUACUGAGGAUGUGGAGCAGCCAGCUGAUAUGAACCAGGAUAAGAAGAAGAAGUUGGCCGAGGCGUUGACCCGGGCUGCAGAAAAUCUCGCCGCUCUGCCAAACAUCCACGAGGCGCUGACGGUCCGUCGGGCCGAGCAGCUGAAGAGAGAGAGAGCUCGGCUGGAGCUGGAGAUCACUCAAGCUGCAGACGAAGCGCUGCAUGCGGUUCAGAAGUGGAAGGAUGUGCAGUUGAGUCAGCUGACCGCCGCGGAGGCCCGGUUCUCCUCCAGCCUGGCCCAGUGGAGCCGGGUCCAGAAGAGGAGGAAGGCCCUGGAGAUCGCCAUGCAGAUGGCCAGAGAAGUGCAGCGGGUGCCCUCCCUGGAGCAGUACUGCUCCCUGGACAAGGUUCUGGAGACGCUACAGGCUCCUGUGGAUAAACAGUCCUACAAUAUUGAAGGCAUCACUAUGGACUCCGAAAUGAGCUGUGUGUUCCAGUCAGAAUGUCUGAACCAGAGUCUGGCUUUGUCUCUGAAAAUGGAAGUCGGCGUCCCAAAACAGCAAAGUGCAAAGGAAAGGAUCAGAAACAGUUUCUCCCCAAAACCGGAGCAGCAGAGCCCGGCAGCCAGCAGGCCGUCCUCGAGAGGCUCCUCCCCUCGGCACCGGAGCGCGACCUCCGAGCCUGAAAGUCCAGAUGUAAUUGUCGAGGAGCUUCUAAUCGAGGGACAAGAGAAAGAUCCUCCGGCAGCUGUCCCGCCCACCGGCCCCGAGCUGGCCAAUGACAACGGGAGAAUCCACAGCAGGAGGAAUCAGUCGUUUGUCAACAAGAAAAAUGUCACCCAGUGGGUGGUGGUGAGCCACGUCGUGAAUCCAAGUAACUUCUACGUCCGCUACGUGGCCGAGAAGAGGGAGAGCGAGAUCCUGUCCAAGAAGAUCAAGCACUUCUGCUACCGAGACAGUUGUUGCUUCACCUCCAGGGACACGGUGGAGACGGGCUCCCUGAUCUUUGUGAAGUCGGAGGAGGGGGUCUGGUGUCGGGCCAACUUGGUGGAGGUCUUUCAGAUCGGAUGCGUGGAGGCCGUGAAAACCUGCCAAGUCUCCCAGCUGGCCAGAGUCCUGGUCUUCUUGCUGGACUCGGGCCUCGGCCAAAGCCUCGUCAUCCAGGGUGAGGAGGGAACCCCCGAGUCCGCCCUGAAGGCAAUGAAUGGCCAGCUGAGGAAGGUGGGGAAGGGCGUGAAGGUGGAGCUGGACUACUUCGCUCCUCAGGCCAUCCGGUGUUCACUCAAAGACCUGGUCCCCUACGAUCUGACGAAGGGCUGGAGCAAAGAGGCGCAGUUGGAAUUCGUCGGCGUGGUCGGCUCUGCAGCGGUGGAGAUGCGGCCUUUGGGUCGGGACCGGGACUCUUUGCUGGUGGACCUGAGGAAAGCGCCCAUGGACCAAGCUAGUGACGUGCCCGUCUCCGUCAGAGAGUACCUGGUCUUCAUCGAAGUGGCCAGGUUUUACUCCCCGGUGAAGUUGGGCAGGAGGCCUCUGCUGUACUACUCUGCUCAGUACCCCAAGAUCAGCAUGGAGCUCAAUGCUGUGGUGUCCCACAUCCACAGCCCUGCUGACUUCUACAUUCAGCUGGUUGACAACAUGGAGUUUGUGUUGCUCUCAGCGAAGAUCCAGGAUUGUUACAAUGCGACUCGAAUGACGGGAGAAGACGACGACCUGAGGAUCUACUGCCCCGUGAUCGAACAGGCCUGUGUGGCCCUCUAUGAGGACAAGCUGUGGUACAGAGCUCAGGUCAUAGGUCAUCCAGGGGGCAGAAAGGUGGAGGUGCAGUAUGUUGAUUUCGGCAAUAAGACAAUAGUGUCGGUCAGCGACUUGAGGAAGAUCAAGGAUGAGUUCUUCGCCAUUCCUUCCAGGGCCAUCCACUGCUGUCUGUCCGAUGUGGUUCCUCUGGACGGAGACACCUGGAGUGACGCCUGCAGCAACAGAUUCAUCAGCCUGGCUCACCAGAAACUGGUCACUAUCAUGGCGACAGAAAAAGUUCCGAAAACUGAGCCUCUGCCAAUCAAACUGUUUGAGAGCGGCCUGAACGGACCGUUGGACAACAUCGCUGAGCUGCUGGUCAACGAGCAGCUGGCCUCCUUCAAACAGGGACUUGAGUCGCCGGCUGCCGGUGAGCCGGCCGUAUGGGACGCUCCACUUGAGCUCGCGGUAACCACGGAGGGCGUUGCCGGGGAGCCGGUAGACUUCCUGCCUCAGCUGAAGCUCCUCGAUGAACUCAAAGACCUGAAGGUCCGCGUCAGCCACGUCAACUCCCCGAGCAGCUUCUACGUCCAGUUCGUCCAGUUCAACGCUCAGCUCAAGAGGAUGUGUGAGCUGGUGAAGGAGUGUGAGCUCCUGGAGCACCAGGACCUGGUCUGGAAGGCAGACCAGUACUGUGCUGCCAAGGUCAACGGGGUCUGGGAGAGAGGACGGGUCGUCUCCCACGACUCGUCCAGAGACUUCGCUCAAGUGAUGCGCUGUGACCAUGGCAACGAGGUGAAGCUCCACGUCAGCGACCUGCGACCCCUUCUGUCCUCCUUGACGGGCUCUCUGGCUCUGGAGUGCACUCUGACUGACAUCAGGCCCGCUGGAGGCCGACCCACCUGGUCGGCGACGGCCUGCGACUUGAUCUCCUUCUACCUGACCGGAGCCUCGGCUGUUCUGACCAUCAAGGAGCUGACGGACGAGCGCCCGGUGCCCGUCACCCUGUUCUGCUCCAACCAGAUGGGAAAGUUCGUGAGCAUCGCCGACUUUCUGGCCAGCGAGGGCCUCGGCCUCCGGGAGAGGAAACCAAGAGAUGCCGACGUUAACAAAUCCAAAGAAACUGAUGCACAGUCUCCGGUGAGUGAGACCCAGACUGACUGUUCUGAUGGCGACAAAAGACAAGUUCCCACAGUUCCUUGUGUCCUUCCUCGGAUCUCCCUCGUCUCCUGUCCAAAACCAGCCCCCCGCACCAUUACGUCUGCUGAGAAGGUAAAGACCGGGUUGUACCGCCCGCCGGAGCUGCCGGGCCUCGGCCCCGUCGAGAUGAGGGUCUCUGCCAUCGGAGAGGACGGUGUCAUUUACACCACCACCCAGAAUGCAGAGUGCCAGCUGGAGCGACUCAGGGAGCGGAUCCAGCAGAGCAUGAAGACGCUGCCCCGGCAGAAGCCCUACACCUGGAAGACGGUGCAGGGCUGCGCCGUCAUCGGGCCAGACAUGCUGUGGUACCGAGGACAGCUGCUGGAGGUGCUGGGAGGACACGUUAAGGUACAAUACGUGGACUCCGGCCUGGUGGAGAACAUCCCGGUAGUCCACGUGUACCCCGUGCUGCUGUGUGAUGACAUCCCUCAGCUCUGCAUGUCCUGCCAGCUGCACAGCAUCAACCCCGUGGGUGGGCAGUGGCAGCGGGACGCGGUGGCCUUGAUGCGGAAGCUGCUGCUGAACCGCCGCGUGGACAUGAACGUCACGGAGCUGCCAGCUGACCCGAGGGGACCCCUCACCGUUGAGCUCUUCCUGGACGGGCUGAGCCUCAACAGGAUCCUGACUCACCACGAACACGCCUCCAUGGACCGGACCGUCUCGCCACCGAAGGGACACUCCGAGUCGCCUCCUGCCCUCCUGAAUAAGUGGGACAUCGACAUUCAGGGUCUGAGGGGCCCAGAGGAGCCCAUGCUGGGGCCCUUCAUCUACCCCAACCUGCCUCAGGAGGGAGAGCCGUUUCAAGUCAAGGUAAAGCACCUGCGGACCCCCAACGAGCUGUUCCUGUGGCCGCUGGAGGGAGCAGCUGAUGUGGAGGUGGACGGAGAGACCCUGGACGAAGCGCUGACCCGAAUCAACGCCGACAUCGGCGCCGCAGAGCAUCUCGCCGACUUCCAUCUUGGCGGUCCGUGUCUGGCCGAGUACAGCGACGGGAAGUUCUACCGAGCCCAGAUCAACAAGUUCAGCGGCGUGGAGCCCGUCAGGGUCCUGGUCCAGCACGUGGACUUCGGCUCGGAGGACCCGCUGCCCACCAGCAGGCUGCGCCGGAUGCCCGCCGAGCUGCUGCGGUUCCCGCUGCAGGCGCUGAAGGUCCGAGUGGCCGGCUUCAAGGCGCCAAGCGGCAGUGGGCAGGAGGACAUGCUGUCCUACAGCCCAGCCUGGAGCCUGAAGGCCACCAUGGACAUGCUGGACAUGCUGCACGGAGACAUCACCGCCUCCAUCGUGGCGCGGGAGCCGGAGCUCACGGUGCUGCUGUACAACGAGGCCGGGGAGUUGGUCCAUCUCCCUCUGGUGAGCAGCGGCCUGGCGGAGUUGGAGUGA